UUUGAUCUUACCUGUUCCUCUAUCCAGCCGCGCGCUGUCUUCCCGGCUUCUGUAGUGUGGGCGCUCGGCAUGACAGCCGGGUGCCCAGUGCGCAUGAGCGAGAAGCACUUGCGCUUUGUGAUUGGUCCGGCGGCUUCUGGGAUCUGUCAGUGUCCCAGGUACCGUACCGCCUUACCAUUCACAAAAAGCACCGCUUCUUGCGCAUGCGCACUUGGCACCCGGCUGUCAAGCCCAGCGCCCACACUACAGAAGCUGGGAAGACAGCGUGCCGCUGGAUAGAGGAACAGGUAAGGUCCCGCUGCAGAGCUGA